AUGGAUUUUUAGGCUAAACUAAAAUUGAGCAUCUUAAUAUUAUUUGUGCCAGUAGGUUUUAUUGCUUUACUGCAAAUAAUAACAUUAAAUGUAAUCUUUAUCACCAACUUCUCCGAUUAAGCCAACCAAUUGUCAUUUGCAAUCUACAAUCAAACAACCAGAACCACCCUUAGAUUCGCCCAUAAACUACAAACCAUUAAUCAAGGUCCCAAGGCCAAUGUCGCCUUUAUUCUCUAAGAUUUGAUGAUGGCCAAUCAAGAUUUGGAGUCUCCUGCUAGUCUAGCGCAAAUUUAGACGUUCCUUCAUCCCUUAAUCAGAAGAGGCAAUAUUGAGAACUUUAAAGUUAUUUGCAAGGAUUCCUUUGAAUACUCGAUGCACCAAAUAGGAAGCCAAUUCGAAUCCUGGAAUUCCAGCAGUUAGAUUUCAGCCGAUCUAUAUUAGCAGUACUUUCGAUUCAUUUUAAACUACAAUAAUAACUAUAGCUGUAAUAUCCAAUUAUAUUUAUCUAUCGUAAAUUUGGUUGGCUAAACCUAUAGAUAUGCCAGUAGUGAACUUUGGGAGAAUCAAAUGAACUACUACAUGAUUAAUGAGCAAUUUUAUUAAUUCAGAUAUAAUGAAUUCUUUCCUAUUGAAAGCAGCAAAUUAGAAGAAUAUUAUGGCCAAUUCAUGGAACACCUACUGGCUCAAUAAGAUUUUGAUGAAUUCCACUGUAUACGCUAAGAUACACUCAUCUAGUAUUAUUAGCAAAAGUAUUUCAUAUAUGGUUGGUUCAACUCAAUCCAAAAACAACACACCAUCUGUGAACAAUAACAAAUCUCAAAAUUAUUAGCAAUCAAGAUUUUUGAUAUUGAAAAAUUCAAAUAACUAGCAGGCUCCUCUCAGACUGAAUCAGAUCACAAUGUCUCACUCAUCAUAGCUCAGGCUGUUGUGAGUUUAACCUUUCUAUUGUAUGUCUGGACUAUAUCGAUAAAGGUUGCCAAUUCUUUCUGUCUUCCUCUUUAAAGAUUGGCACUACGAUUGCAAAAUCCACUGCAGCACAACUUCGACUCAAUACCACUGGAGGCAGGUGAGUAAAAUUGCAAGGAAAUUAGUAGUCUACAUAAUAGCCUACAAAUCUAUCUCUACUAUUAUUAACUACUGCAAUAAUAACAUUUCUACUCCGACCAAGAUUAAGGAUCACACUAUUUAAUGACCUUAUCCUAGCUUAGUGAGGUGUACAAAUAUCACAAAAACAAUUGGUAAGUUAGUGUUUGUGCAAAUAACAUUGCAUAGAUUCAUCUAAAGAACAAGGGGUACAUUGAAGCACUCAAGUUUCAAGUAAAAUCGGUGAUUCUGGGAUUUGAAGAGUAUACUAGUAUAAAGUAGAUUGAAAAAAUACGAAAGCAAUUGUUAAAUAGUUAGAAGUCUAUUCUAAUACCGCUGAGGGAAAAACUAACACGAUUUGUGAUUAAUAAAUUAGCAGGUAGUACUUAUAUAUUACAUUCGGAACACUUGAAUAGAAAUAGAUAUCACUCUUUUAUGCUACAAAACUCGAAUAAAUAGUCCGAAAUUUAAUAGUUUUAAGUAACUGAGAGAUUGAUUUUAAUUAAUUAGAAAAAAUAAGAGAACUCUCUGGAAAAAAUCAUUUAUCAACAACAAUUAGAGUUAGAAUAAGACCGAUUUAAGGAAGAAAAGCGAUUUUACAAGAUAACCAUACUGUUCAGGAAGUAUACUUUCUGUAGAAUGUUAUAUAAGUUCUGCAUUAAAGAAGAGCCCCGCUUUCUUAAUGAGGCUAUUUGUUCAUUGAAAGAAUUAUAUGCGGAAAUCUCGAAUAAAAGCUACUCUGAUAAUCAAUCAAUAAUAGGAAUGAAAAUAUAGCUAUUAAUCAUGAAGUUUAGCUGCUAUUAAAAACUAAAUUUGAUAGCUAAGGCUAGAGAGGACUUGUAUUCAAUUAAAAUACUCUAUUAGCAAUAUGUUAUGUCAGAGAAGUCGAACCUCGUUCUAAAUGGAUUCGACAUAUUUUAGUUGACAUCCAAAGAGAUUAUUUAAAAUGCUAUUAGAAAAUUGAAGAUUUGUUUAUUAAUGAAGCAUUAAUAGUAUUAAUAUGCUAGUGAAAAAUGCAUAAAGAUUAUCAAAAGAAAUAGUUAGAACAUACAUAGAUUGAAUUCAUUUGCUUAUAAGACUCUAUAAGGCAUUUUUAUGGAAUUGAGUCUUAAUCAGAAUGUGUUAUAAAAACUGUAUCUAGACAUAAACCCAAGAAAGUUUAAGAUAUUCUUCUUGAUCGACUAUUCAUCUAAGGUUUCUUUAGAGUAAAUCUAAGUAUCACAUUCCAUAUGCGCUUAUAUACUGUAAAAGUUGAUAAAUUUGAAAGAAGUAGGCUUAUACAUUUUUAAUGACACAUUGUAUGAGAUGCUAUCAGCCUAACAAUCUAUCAAGUAUAGGAAAUUCUUGUUGAAGUAAUUUGAGAGAUUCUAAAUUAUGAAGGGAGGCGAAUGUAAAGUCCUGGAAAGUCUUUACAGUCUAUUAGAGUAUAGGUUGAAUCAAUACGCUAAGCAAGGUGGGAAUGAUAUGAAGCAAUCGUAGAAAUCUAUUACAAUUCAACGGGUAUCAUAAGAGUGUAUGGGGAUGGUGCAAAGUUUGUUUGUGUGUUCUCUGAGUUCUCAACUUGCGUGGAUGAGGAUUUAUUGGAGAAGAUACAGAGACACACUUAAAGGGAGGAGAUAAAUUUGGUUCUGUUUAACAUAGCAAAUUCAAAUAGGAAUCAUGAGUAGGCGAAGAAUCUUGCUCAGAAGAUGAGUGCUUGUUAUGUGGAGAGCGAGAUGGAAACAAUUAGAUGGAUUUCUCACUUGAAUUAAUCUUCAGUUCCAAUCCACACGUAGG